AGCACUUUCGUCUUCGAUGGCAUCGACCACCUCUCUCAGCAUGAAUACAGACCAGACUUUCACUCUGGAUACCAUCCCCGAGGUCGAUAUUGUCUUUCCUCAUCACGAAAGACAAGAAUCCCUCGCCACAUUGCCUGCUGCGCUCCCAUUACCUCCCCGGAAGAGUGAGCCCAUCAGCAUGACGACUCACUAUCAUCUGUUAUGUAGAUCGCGUGGGCAUAGGGUCUGCAGAUGCCUGGGUGCAGCAGGCUAUCGAGGAAAGGUGCCUCUAGCGAGAAGGCGAGAUUCUGCACCCGGCAUGGUGGUGGUAGACCUUGUCGGUAUCAUGGCUGCCGUGUGGCCUCUCGGGGCCUUCUAGGAUUUUGUUAUAAGCAUCGUCAUCACAGUGGUCACUGUUUUGACUCAAAGUCGUCAUGUGAUGGUCUCAACAGCCAAAGCAGAUAUCGUCCUCCCGCCACGAAUAAUCAAAUGUCUCGACAGUCGAAUGGAUGGCGGUGCGACCAACCUGGGGAAUCGGGACUGACCCUUCCCUUCACAGAAAGUUCAUUGAUGGAUGACCUCGGACGGUGUACGAGUAUCAGCCUCGGGACCUCCGAAGUGGACAAGACUCCGGAGAAAACUUCUGCUGAGUAUAUGGCGUUUACAUUUGACUCUUCUUACGACCAUGCAUCAUUUCUCAAUCUCGACGAGCUUUUCUGUGUUCCCUCGGCGCUUUUGAGUCUCGAAGAAUCCCUAUGGCUAACGGCAACGACUCCUCUGAAAUAUUAGCUCUUUAAACCAUCUUUCUUCGACAAUAACUACAUUUCGCCUGGGUACAUCAGUGCUAUUCUCAUGCGCAGCGCUCUUUUGCCUGCCCAGCAGCUAUUAUCUUAUCAUUUUGAAGCCUAUGUAGUGGUGCACUACGUUUCCCACAUCAACGAUCUUCUUUCCAUAUGAGCGAUGUUUGCGGCGAGUGGCGAGGCUACCCGAGACUGUUUUUCUAUUUCGUGUGUCUCAUAACUAAUGCUUCACACGCCUAUAACAACAAUCGAACACUUGCCCUUGAGAAACUUCGUCUCCCGAAGUUUUUACAGGUUUUCAACAUCUGUAAGCGCUGCAGAGUUAUGAGGAAUCGCC